AUGGUGUUCUGCAACACCUCGACGUUGGCGGCGAUCACGUUGAUGAUCCACUGUCGACAGAGCCCGUAUGUCUGCGAGUUGCGACUUCCUCUUCUGAUGGAAUACUCUGCUUACUUCAAGAAGACCGUGAUUUUGCUGGGCCAGGAGUCUCGUUGGUUACCAGGCGCCGUCUUCUGUCCUCAGGCGGCUGGAGAUCCCUACUCGUGCAUCGCAGAAGAGAUUGCACGGUCCAACAAGUCGGAGGGAAUCCUUUAUAUGCACUUUGACAUGAGCCUGUCUCCAUGUGAGAUGGCUCAGCGCUUGGAGCUGGAGAAGGUGGGCGCUUUUGACUCCUUGUCCGACAAGUACAUCAGCUUCGCCGCACUGGACAAAUGCAACAAGGAUAUGAAGUCGAAUUGCCGGUGGAUUUGGUGGGAUGUCAAGAAGAAUGAGACCCGGAAUCGGAUCUUGAGAUCUGUCAAGGCCAUGAGACAGAUGGGAGGACUGGGAGAUCUGUCAAUCCUCAAGAAGUUGGACAGGGGCAUUUGGCGCGGCAUGUCAGAUCUCUUGUACGUGCCCAAGAAGGUCUUUCCCAUCUAUGUCGCCUUCGCCAAGGCCUUCCAAAAGGCGGACGUCUUUCACGAGAUGGCCUCGCCCACGUUGUUGGCGACCUCUGCGGCCGUCGCCCAUGUGGGGAGCCAAAACUUUGGUUGUCGGGGCUCCUGUUGCUCAUCGGUGGGACGCCAAGAGAUCUUGUCCAAAGGUUUCGUGUGUGGGCACAAGGUGGACUAUCGCGAUGUUGGUGUACUGAAGGCGGUACAGCUCAUAGCAACACAGGAACCUCGACCCUUGCAUACAGUGGAUUCCCUCGGGCCAAGGGUCUUUGAGCCCCCCUGCGACAUGGCCGCCUUACAAGAGGUGACUCUGAUCAUCCAUUGCACUCAGCAGCAGCUCUGCUACAAGAGGCGUUCAAUGCUACAGGAAUUUGUCUUCUACUUCAAGCGCGUGAUCUUUCUGAUGCGCUCGAAGAUGUGGACGUUGAGCCACACGUGUUCCGGGGAAGCUUACGCCUGCGUGGCGGAGGAGAUGAAGCACAUCCGGAUGAACGACGACACGAGGAGCGAGAGGGUGGAUCCGGUCCCAGGGAUUCUGUACAUGAACUUUGACGUGGGGAUCUCUCCUUGUGAGAUGGCAAGGCACUUGAAUGUGACUAAGAUUGGCACCUUUCAGGAGCUAGCCAAGAAGUACAUGACAUUCGAAGAGUUGGAUCAAUGCUCUUUGAAUCGAUCGAGGUGUAUGUGGGAUGCUUGGCAGGUGAACCACAGCAAAGCGCAGAUCCUCAAUGCCUCGGGACGGUUGGAAACACUCCUUGACAGUGCGUUCGGCUCAAAAACCUCGCUGACUCAGACGACCGUGACGCUACUCCAGCGGAGCUUGAGAGAGGGCACCUGGAUGGGCUUUAGUGGGCUGUAUUACCUUCCGAAGCAGGUGUAUCCCGUAUUUCAAGGUUUGGCUGCCGCCUUUAAGGAGGAGAAUGUGUCCAAUGAGAUAGCAUCUCCCAGCUUGUUGGCUUUGACAUCCAUCAUCUCCCAGGUGGAACUUCAAAACUUCAACUGCAAGAAUGACCCUGCUCAUCUUGGUGAACGAGAGAUUCUCUCCAAAGGCUUCCGAUGUGGGCGGGGCUUGGAACGCGAUGCAAGGAUGAAGGGCUCCAUGAAAGGCUUGGAGGAUUUGCUGGCUCAUCCUGCGAAGUAUUCGAUGCCCAAGAAGAAGCCCUCCAUGGCUUUCUGCAACACUUCCAGCUUGGCAGAGGUCACCUUGGUCAUCCACUGCCGGCAGGAGCCGCCGAUCUGCCGCUUGCGGCUUCCUCUCCUCUUAGACUCUUGGGAUGAGGAUGCGUCGGAUCCAGCCAAGGAAUACUCUGCUUACUUCAAGAAGACUGUGAUCUUCUUGACCAAAGAUCCUGGCUGGUUGCCGGGUGCCGUGCCUUGCCAUCGUGUUGGAGAUCCCUACUGGUGCAUCGCAGAAGAGAUUCCUCGGUCCAAAGAUUCCAGCGGAAUCCUCUACAUGCAGGAAUCUUUGGAAUCUUUGCCCAAACAUAGUGUUCUACCUUUUGUAUCUUUUGGUUUUGACACCAUAUGCUUCUUUGAGCCAAUCAAAGGUAUGUCUCCUUGUGAGAUGGCUCGACGUUUGGAUGUGGGCGCGGUGGGCACCUUCGAAACCUUGUCCGACAAGUACUCCACUUUCGCCCAGUUGGAUGAGUGCAACACCAACUUAAAGCUGCGGUGUUUGUGGCAUCAUUGGGACAUGAAGCGGAACUCCACCAGGACAAGGUUGUUGAAAACUGCCAAGGCAUUGGAUGAAAUCAGUUCGACACUUCCAUUCGCCAACACUUCCAUUCUUCAGCGGUUGGAGACUGGGAUUUGGAGCGCGGUGUCGGACUUCUUGUACUUGCCCAAGCAAGCCUUUCCCGUUUAUGCAGCCUUUGUCACUGGGCACCAGAGACGAGGGGGGCACGUGGAGACGUCGGGGGAGGAGAGACGUGCGGAACCUCCCGGUUUUGGAGAACUGUAG